AUGGAAACUAGCGGGGCGGCGCAGGAAGCGCAAGCGGAGGCGCAAGCGCCGGAGAGCAGCGCGGGAGGCGGGGGAGCGUCGUCAGGGAAUAAAGACCUGACGAGCGCCGAUUAUUACUUCGACUCGUACGCCCACUUCGGCAUUCACGAGGAGAUGUUGAAAGACGCGGUGCGCACUAAGACGUACGAAGCCGCCAUCUGCGGCAGCACGUUUCUGUUCAAGGACAAGGUCGUCAUGGACGUGGGCGCCGGUACUGGGAUUCUCUCGCUCUUCGCCGCCAAAGCGGGCGCCAAGAAAGUGUACGCGAUGGAAUGCUCAGAAAUUGCCGAGUGCGCGCGCGAAAUCGUGGCAGCCAAUCACAUGGACCACAUAAUCACGGUGAUCAAAGGGAAGGUGGAGGACGUGGAGUUGCCAGAAGGGGAGAAAGUGGAUGUGAUUAUAUCGGAGUGGAUGGGCUACUUCCUGCUCUACGAGUCCAUGCUCGAUACAGUGCUGUUCGCCAGAGACAAGUGGCUGGCAAACGGAGGCAUAGUGUUGCCAGACCACUGCUCCCUGUACCUGAUGGCAAUAGAAGAUGCAGAGUACAAGCAGGAGAAGAUCCAUUUCUGGCAGUCAGUGUAUGGGUUUGACAUGAGCUGCAUUCGAGACAAGGCCAUGUUGGAGCCUCUGGUCGACACCGUAGACGCCGAGCAGAUCGUCACCAACUCUUGCCUCGUCAAGUCGCUGGACAUUAGCAAGGUGACGAGGGGCGAUCUCUCAUUUUCAGUGCCGUUCAAGCUCGUGGCGGAGAGGAACGACUUCGUGCAUGCUCUCGUGGCUUACUUUGAUGUCGGUUUCACCAAGUGCCACAAGCCCAUUGGCUUCUCUACAGGGCCCAAGAGCCGGGGCACGCAUUGGAAGCAAACGGUGCUAUACUUGGAAGACACCCUAACCGUGUGUGAAGGGGAAGCGAUUACCGGAACCAUGCAAGUGAAGCCCAAUGAGAAGAACCCACGCGAUCUAGACAUAUCCGUGACUUACAAGUUUGAUGGUCGUAGAGCGAGGCAGGAGCAGGAUCCAGCUAAGCAGGAGCAGUAUCCAGUUCAGCAGAAGCAGAAUCCAGCGAGGCAGCGGCUGCUGUACCUGGAAAGGUGUGGGAGAGAGGGGAGAGCAGCAGAGGCUCUGAUGAUGCUGGGAGUGAUGGAAAAGGAGGAGGGUGGGGGGGAGGAGGAAGAGGGGGGAGAGGAGGAAGAGGAGGGAGAGGAGAGAGAGGAGGAGGAAGAGGGGGAGGGGGAGAGGGAAGAGGAGGGUUACGGAGCGAGAGGGCACGGAGAAAUAACUAAUGAUAGAAGGGUAGGCAAGAGAGGGGUGAGUGUUGACGGGAGUUGGUUGGACGCAACAGCUUUCUGUCAUGCCAUGCGUGCAUUGCUCAAUGCUGAUUGGCCGCUGACUGCGUUCAGACGUGCUGACAUGGACACUGAGUCCUCACCAGCUGGCAACCGUCGUGCGUCACUUUCUUUGUCUUCUUUUGGUCGAGUGUCAGAUGCUGCAUCAGCACUUGCCUCCCGGAUGGCAGCAGUCGGAGUCAUGCCGAACAGGCAAUUUUGUCUUCUUCUGGUGGAGGCAUAUCUGAGGGACGGAAGGGUGGAGGAAGCGGAGGAGGCGUGUGAGAGGGUGAGGGAGGAGGGAUGGAAGGUUCCUGAGAAGGUUCUGAGAAGGAUCGUGCGGGCUUGGGCGAGAGAGGGGAGAGCAGGGGAGGCAGAAGAGGGGGUGAGGGAGAUGGUGAAGCAAGGGUUCCAAUUGGAUGUUGCCACGUGUAACAGCAUGAUUGGGCUGUAUGGUCGCGUGGGGGCGUAUGACAAGGCAGGGCGAGUGUGGGAGUGGAUGGAGGAGAAUGGGGGAGAAGAGGAGGAGGAAACAGGAGGGGAGUGGGGAGAGAGAGGAGGGGAAUGGGGUGAGAGAGGAGGGGAGUGGGGUAAUCAAGGUGGGGGAAGUGUGGGGAGGAAGGGCGGACAGGGCGAGUGGAAGGGAGGGAGGAGGAGGAGAGGGAGUGAUUGCACUCCAACAGAAGCAACAUAUCAUGCCCUCAUUCGCAUGUACACCCAUGCGGGCAUGCCCACCGAAGCCAUCCAUGUGCUGCGUGCCAUGAGCACCCGCGGCCUCCCAUGGAGGGAUGGCCUGCUGGCAUCUGUCAUUCGCUGCCUUGCCGCUGCUGGCAGGUGGAGGGACGCUCAAGACCUAUUUCACGAAGCACAGCGCAUGGCCCAAGCCCUUGCGAACGAGGCUUUCGCCAGCCCAGCACCGCAGGCUCGGCCCGAACUUGCGGUCUGGAGGAAUAUUCAGCUCGAGUCUGCAGCUUUGGGAACGAGCCUGAUGUCCGGUGGUGCUUUGGGAAUGAACGACGUAGAGCUUGCAGGGAGGGAGGAGCUGGGGGAGGAUGAUGCUUUGGGAAGAACGGAGUUUCAGCCUGCUGCGUGGAAGAACCAGGAGGAAGUGGUAGGCGAGCAGUCUUACAAGGCCCUGAUGAGUGCAUACCAACGGGCAGGGCAGGCGGAGAAGGCAGAGGAGCUGCUGCUGGCUAUGGAGAAACGAGCCAUACCCCUCACAGCGGACCUCUACCACAUGGUCAUGGAUGCACAUGGCAGGGCGGGCAACACAGCGGCUGCAGAGGCCAUUUUGGAGAGACAGCUCAACCACUCCAGGCAACUGUCUGCCGAACCACUUGCCGAACCACUUGCCGAACCAUCUGCCGAACCAUCUGCCAAACCAUCUGCCGAACCAUCUGCCGUGCCAUCCACCGAAUCCUCCGCUGAACCUUCCUUCUCAGCAUCAGACCCAGCAGCAAUAAGCUCCAGAUUUGAUGACGAUGUUAUGUCAGCCACAAGCACCACGUCACCCAGUGCCACGUCAUCCAGUGCCACGUCAGCAUCAUCAACAGCCACCCCACCGUUUGCACCGCCCAGGCCGGACAUCGUCCAGCUCACCUCCCUCGUGCACGCGUACCUGCGGGAGGGAAACUUCCGGGAAGCAGCAGUGCGUGUGCGGCAGAUGCGGGAGCUUGGGCUGGUGCCCACAUACAAGACGUGGGCCACAGUGGUGGGCGGUGCAGCGCGGUGCAAGGAUUUAUCAGACUGCUUCUCGUUGCUACAAGCGCUCUCCUUUGUGGGGUUUGACGUUCCUGAGAGACUACUCCUCCAAUGUGACGACGACACCUGGACGGACAUCGACAGUCUGCUGACGUGGCUGCUGGCAAGGGAUGCCAGCUGGACCACAGAGGAAAGCAGGGCGAAUGGGAAUGAAGCAAGGAGUGUGGCAGGGGGGGUUGUAGUGAGCAGCAGGGUGAACGAGGGGAGUGUAGGGAUGAACUCAAGAGGGAAGUGUGGCAGACGGGGGUGCAAAGAGCAGCAGCCUAGUCAACGAGGGCAGUGCAGCGAGGAGCAUGAUCAACGUGCUAAUAGAUCUGCUGUGGUGCUUCGGCCAGCGAGCCAGGGCCCACCGCCUCUUCCUCCUCUCGACCCACCGCGGCGUCUAUCCGCGAUUCACUGCCCGGUAGGUGCUGUGCGGUGGUGUGGGGUAGGGUGGUCUAUCAUUGAGGUGUGUAUGAUCAACGUGCUGGUGGAUCUGCUGUGGUGCUUCGGCCAGCGAGCCAGGGCCCACCGCCUCUUCCUCCUCUCAACCCACCGCGGCGUUUAUCCGCGAUUCACUGCUCGCCGUAUAGCUGGCACGGUUGGUGCUCCAUCCCUCAAACCAGUUCCUUUCCGCAACCCUCCUGCCCCUCACCAGGGCUGCACCCGACGACUGGAAGCUGGAUGUGCGCACGCUCUUCCCCCCAUUCCCCAUCCCCCCCCUUGCACCUCAACAAGCGGGGCUGCGCCUGAGGACUGGAAGCUGGAUGUGCGCACACUCUCCCCUCCCCCCGCCGCUCAUCCCCCACUGUGCUCUCUCUCUUCCCACCUUCUGUCCAUCCCGCCUCCCACCAGGGCUGCGCCUGAGGACUGGAAGCUGGAUGGGGCUGCGCCUGAGGACUGGAAGCUGGAUGUGCGCACACUCUCCCCUCCCCCCGCCGCUCAUCCCCCACUGGCUGCUCCUGAGGACUGGAAGCUGGACGUGCGCACUCUCUCCCCUGGGGCUGCCCUCGUUGCUCUGCACCACUGGCUUGACAUGGUGCAGGACGCUGCUCUCCAGGGUGUUCCAGGGCCCCGCCACGUCAUCAUCGUGACAGGUGGCAUGCUGCAGCGCGUCACCAGCAGCAGCAGCAGCGUGCCAGGUGGCAGCGUGUCAUUGAAGCGCACCUUGCGCAGCUGGCUGUGGGCCAUGGGGGCACCGUUCAAAGCUGACGUGGACAGGGAGGGCGUGCUGACAGCAAGAGGCUAUCCUGUGGAGAGAUGGGUCAAGGUGAGUCAACAUGGGUCAAGGGGGGUCUGUUCUGGUGAUGAAAUCUGA